UGCGAAGGCAAGGGGGAGGUGGAGCGCUUGUAUGAGCUGUCCUGUAUGAGACGCUGCAUAUGUGUGUUUACCGGUUCAGGAUCACUCAUGCCGGCUCUCGGAUGUGAAAGCUUUCUCGAUCUGUUCUACGGCACGUUUAUUUUCAGAAUGACUGAAUUGACAUCUUCAAAUUUAGAUGCUUUUCAAGCCUUUUAGAGAAGAUCCUUUGAGCCCGUCUUGUUUUCUCUUGAGGGAUGUAACAUUAAACGGACCUUAAGCAAAGACAUAAAGGGGCUGAGUGACCCAAGAGUAGCUUUCACCUGAGGGAGGACCACCGCCCCCUCGUUCCCAUCAUCCCUUGAGCCCCCAGUCUGAAGCCGCCAUGGCACCACGCAAACGCGGAGGUGGAGGUCAUGGCGCAUCCUUUUUCUUCUGCUGCUUCCAGAGCAGCGAUCACCCGGAGAUCACCUACCGUCUGCGGGAGGACUUCGCCCUGCAGACUAUGGAGCCCGCGCUGCCCAUUCCAAGCUACGAUGAGCUGGAUGCCAUGUUCUCUGAGCUGGUGGAUGAGCUGGACCUCACAGAGAAGCACAGAGAGGCCAUGUUUGCCUUACCCGCAGAAAAGAAAUGGCAGAUUUACUGCAGCAAGAAGAAGGAACAAGAGGAGAAUAAAGGUGCUACUAGCUGGCCGGAGUUCUACAUCGACCAGCUCAAUUCAAUGGCAGCUAGGAAGACUCUGUUGGCAUUGGAGAAGGAAGAAGAGGAGGAACGCAACAAGACCAUUGAAAGCCUUAAAACGGCACUGCGUACACAACCCAUGAGGUUUGUGACACGGUUUAUCGAUCUGGAUGGCCUGACAUGCAUCCUAAACUUCCUGAAGAGCAUGGAAUAUGAGACCACCGAGUCUCAGAUUCACACGUCGCUCAUAGGCUGCAUCAAAGCACUGAUGAACAACUCUCAGGGCCGCGCUCACGUUCUGUCCCACACAGAGAGCAUCAACAUCAUCGCCCAGAGCCUCGCCACUGACAACAUCAAAACCAAAGUGGCUGUGCUGGAGAUCAUGGGCGCUGUGUGUCUGGUGCCCGGCGGACACAAGAAGAUUCUCGAGGCCAUGCUGCACUACCAGAAGUUCGCCUGCGAGCGCACACGAUUUCAGACGUUGCUGAAUGAUCUGGACAAGAGUACAGGGCGGUACAGGGACGAGGUCAGCCUGAAAACAGCCAUCAUGUCCUUCAUUAAUGCUGUGUUAAGCCAAGGAGCUGGUGAAUCCAGUCUUGAGUUCCGGGUUCAUUUGCGAUAUGAGUUCCUCAUGUUGGGGAUUCAGCCCAUCAUCGACAAACUCAGGUCACAUGAAAACUCCACUUUAGACAGGCAUUUGGAUUACUUUGAAAUGCUGAGAAAUGAUGAUGAGCUCACAUUAUCCAGACGCUUUGAGGCUAUUCACAUAGACACGAAGAGUGCGACACAGGUGUUUGAGCUUGUGAGGAAGAAACUGGCGCACACAGACGCAUAUCCACACUUCAUGUCUGUCCUUCAUCACUGCCUGCUCAUGCCUCAUAAGAGGAGCGGGAACACAGUGCAGUACUGGCUGCUUCUGGACCGUAUCGUUCAACAGAUGGUCCUGCAGAACGACAAAGGUCACGAUCCCGACGCCACGCCGUUAGAAAACUUCAACGUCAAGAAUGUGGUUCGAAUGCUUGUCAAUGAAAAUGAGGUGAAACAGUGGAAGGAGCAGGCGGAGAAAAUGCGAAAAGACCACCAUGAGCUUCAACAGAAGAUGGAGAAGAAGGAGCGCGAGUGUGACGCCAAAACACAGGAGAAGGAGGAGAUGAUGCAGACCCUCAACAAGAUGAAGGAGAAGUUAGAAAGGGAAAUGGGGGAACAUAAACUCGUCAAGCAGCAAGUGGCAGAAAUGACCACCAGACUACAUGAGCUCAGCACGAGACAGAUAGCGAGUGUUCCUGGAGGACCUCCUGUCUCUGGUCCUCCAGGUGGACCUCUUCUUCCUCCACCUCCUCCACCUCCACCGGGCGGCAUGAUGCCUCCUCCACCGCCUCCUCCACCAUGUGGUGCUAUGAUGCCUCCACCACCUCCACCACCCCCCGGUGGCCCUCCGCCUCCUCCUGGACGCCCUCCGUUCGGCGGUGCACCUCCUCCUCCAGGAGCUCCAAUAGGCCCAUCCCUAAAGAAGAAGAACAUUCCUCAACCUUCAAACCCUCUCAAGUCCUUUAACUGGGCCAAACUGUCCGAGAACAAACUUGAAGGGACAGUCUGGGCAGAUGUUGAUGAUGGCAGAGUUUUCAAAAUCCUGGAUUUAGGGGACAUUGAGAAGACCUUCUCUGCCUAUCAGAGGCAACAGGACUUCUUUAUGGUCAAUAACAACAAGCAGAAAGAAACUGAGGAUGAUGCGUUGAGCUCCAAGAAAGUCAAAGAGCUUUCAGUCAUUGAUGGCCGUCGGGCUCAGAACUGCAACAUCCUUCUGUCAAGAUUGAAACUUUCCAAUGAGGAAAUAAAGAGAGCCAUUCUGACUAUGGAUGAACAGGAAGAUUUGCCCAAGGACAUGCUGGAGCAGAUGCUGAAGUUUGUUCCAGAGAAGAGUGACGUGGAUCUUCUAGAAGAGCACAAACAUGAGCUGGACCGCAUGGCGAAAGCAGACCGUUUCCUCUAUGAAAUGAGCAGAAUAAACCAUUACCAGCAGAGGUUACAGUCUUUGUACUUCAAAAAGAAGUUUGCUGAGAGGAUUGCAGAAAUUAAACCUAAAGUAGAAGCACUGACCAAAGCCUCAAAGGAGGUGCUGCACAGCAAAAAUUUCAAGCAGUUGCUGGAGGUGGUGCUGGCGUUUGGAAACUACAUGAACAAAGGACAAAGAGGAAAUGCAUACGGCUUCAAAAUCUCCUCGCUCAACAAGAUUGCAGACACCAAGUCCAGCAUUGACAAGAAUAUCACUCUCCUACACUACCUGAUCACCAUUCUGGAAAAGAAGUACUCCAAAGUCAUGCUCUUCCAAGAGGAACUGAAGAACGUGCCGGAAGCUGCAAAAGUCAACAUGACUGAACUGGAGAAGGAGAUCAAUAAUCUCCGCAGUGGCUUGAAGAGCGUAGAGAGCGAGUUGGACUUCCAGAAGAAGCGUCCUCAGGAGUACGGGGAUAAGUUUGUGUCUGUGGUCAGUCAGUUCAUCACGGUGGCCAGUUUUAGCUUCUCUGAGUGUGAGGACUCCCUCGGUGAGGCCAAAGAGCUGGUGAGUGCAUCAAUUUCAUGA